GGGGGGCUGAGGUCCCGGACCCCCUCCCCGGAGGGGUGCUUUUGACAGACAGCCCUUCUCCAGCCUGCGAGAGCCGUCCCUCCUCCCUCCCCGCUCAGCAGCCAUCCUCAACUCCAGGAACACCUUCCCUCCAGCCUCGCUCCCCCCGUUCCCCCGCCGGCAGGAAGGUGUUUGUGUGCCCCCCCCCCCGUUUGCCUGUUGUCGCUUCGCCCUCUCCCCCUUCUCCCUCCCUAUCUCCGGAGAAAGCGAGAGGAAAAAGUGUCAGGAGCGGGGAGCUCAUAGCAACAGGAUUCUGGGAUGAAGAAGAUUCGGCAGCAGCAUCUCCGGGAGCCGGUGACCCCAGAGCUCCUGGUGAGCCCCAGCAGCCAGGAUGGGGACCUAGGCUCUGGGUGCCCAGAGGACAGAGGGAACUGGACGGGGCGGCUGGAUUUCCUCCUCUCCUGCAUUGGGUACUGCGUGGGCCUCGGAAACGUCUGGAGGUUCCCCUACAGGGCUUACACCAAUGGAGGAGGAGCUUUCUUGGUUCCUUACUUCAUCAUGCUGGCCAUCUGCGGGAUCCCCAUCUUCUUCAUGGAGCUGUCCCUUGGCCAGUUCUCCAGCCUGGGGCCGCUCGCUGUCUGGAAGAUAAGCCCUCUCUUUAAAGGCGUUGGCAUGGGCACCAUCCUCAUCGUCUCCCUGGUGGCCAUUUACUACAAUAUGAUCAUUGCUUACGUUCUCUUCUACCUCUUUGCAUCCCUCACAAGCGACUUGCCCUGGCAGCACUGCGGCAACUGGUGGAACACCGACCUGUGCCUGGACCAUCAUGUCAUCAAGGCGGGGAACGCCACCUUUCCCGUCAACAUCACCAACACCGUCAGCCCCAGCGAGGAGUACUGGAGCCGGUACGUCCUGCACAUCCAAGGGAGUUCUGGGAUUGGAAAUCCUGGGAGGAUCCGCUGGAACUUGUGUCUGUGCCUGCUCCUUUCUUGGACUAUCGUCUAUUUGUGCAUCCUAAAGGGAGUCAAAUCCUCUGGAAAGGUCGUGUACUUCACCGCCACCUUCCCCUACCUCAUCCUGGUGAUGCUGCUCAUCCGUGGUGUGACCCUGGAGGGGGCCUGGAAAGGGAUCCGGUUUUACCUCACGCCCCAGUUCGAUCACCUGCUCUCUUCCAAGGUGUGGAUCGAGGCUGCCCUGCAGAUUUUCUACUCCCUUGGGGUAGGCUUUGGGGGCCUCCUCACUUUCGCCUCCUACAACACCUUCCAUCAGAAUAUCUACAGGGACACCUUCAUAGUGACCCUGGGCAAUGCCAUCACCAGCAUCCUGGCAGGGUUUGCCAUCUUCUCCGUUUUGGGAUACAUGUCCCAGGAGCUUGGGGUCCCUGUUAACCAGGUGGCAAAAGCAGGUCCUGGCCUGGCUUUUGUGGUGUACCCCCAGGCCAUGACAAUGCUCCCCCUUUCUCCAUUCUGGUCUUUCCUGUUCUUCUUCAUGCUGUUAACCUUGGGCCUGGACAGCCAGGUAAGGACAGAGCCCACUCAGCCAGCCAUGGUGCCUGGGCAGCCCAGGGGCUCUGGGGAUCCUCUUCUCCUUUGCAUGCAGUUUGCCUUUAUGGAGACCAUCGUCACAGCAGUCACAGAUGAGUUUCCUUACUACCUGCGGCCAAAGAAAGCUUCGUUCUCUGCUAUCAUCUGCAUUGCCCUCUUCCUGAUGGGGCUCAUCCUCACAACAGAGGGUGGGAUGUACUGGCUGGUCCUACUGGACGACUACAGCGCUGGCUUUGGUCUCAUGGUGGUGGUGAUCACUACUUGCCUCGUGGUGACACGUGUCUAUGGCAUAAAGAGGUUCUGCCGAGAUAUCCACAUGAUGCUGGGCUUCAAACCAGGUCCCUACUUCAGAGCCUGCUGGAUGGUGCUGUCCCCAGCAACAAUGAUGGCUCUCCUGGUGUACAACAUCGUCAAGUACCAGCCCUCCGAGUACGGCAGCUACCGCUUCCCCGCUUGGGCCGAGAUCCUGGGCAUCCUAAUGGGAGUCCUGUCCUGCCUGAUGAUUCCCAUUGGCAUGGUGGUGGCUGUGCUCCAAGAAGAAGGGACACUGUGGGAGCGGGUGCAGCAGGCCAGCCGGCCCACCAUGGACUGGGGCCCGUCGCUGGAGGAGAACCGCACGGGGCUGUACGUGGCGAGCCUGCCUGGCAGCCAGUCCCCCAAGCCCCUCAUGGUCCACAUGCGGAAAUACGGCGGCAUCACCAGCUACGAGAACACGGCCAUCGAGGUGGACCGGGAGAUGGAGGAGGAGGAGGAGUCCAUGAUGUGAUGGGACCCCGCAGGCUGGGAGGGGGCUCACCCCCCAGUUCACACAGGUUGCACUGUGGCACUUCAGGACAGCCCCAGCGGGUGGGUUUGGGAGCAGUUGGGAGGUGCUGACCCUGCCGGUGUCCUCAUCACCGCCCUGACCCAGCCAGGAUGGAGCUGCUGCUCGUCCCUGUGUCCCGAGGUGUUUCUGUUCAGUGUGACGACUGUGUGACACGUCUGUGUGCUCCUGUGACGGUGUCUGGCUGUAGUGUCCGGGCUGCCCUUCUCCACCCUCAGCCCUAGCCCUGCCCUCCCCAUGCAGGGAUGCUCCAGCUACAAGGAUGCGCCAGCUACAGGGAUGCAGAGAUGCUCUGGCUGCAGGAGGUGGGGAGGAGGAGGACAUCCUCUGCAUUGGUCUGCUCUCUACUUGUGUGUAUUUAACUCCAGUAACCCACAAACACGUGUGAGAAAGGACUAUAGCAUCCUCCAUGCCCUGAGGAUAGUGUGUACCGGAGGCACUGCAGCAAAACCAGCACAAAUCAGUGUCCCGCUCAAGGAAUGUGACCUAAUAAAUGAGCAGUUGAAGCGAUGAGAAGGAAGAAAUAAUAAAGCUUUCUAAGCAAACCAGCUUGGGCCUUUCCAAGCUUGCACAUCCCCCAGGGACCCCAGUGGGUCAGGCCAGCUUUUCCCCAUAGUGUCUGGUAGGGCUGGGGCGAGCUGUGCUCCAUGUGUGCAGGAGGUCAGAGAUGUCUUAGCUGGACCCAGCUCCAAAGGAGGAUCAGUUCCCAUCCCCAAGGGAGAUCCAAGGGUGCUGCUUUUCCCAGGGAAAGAAGGGCUGUGUUUCAGUGCCUGUGUGUGAUUUUGGGGUGUCUCCCAGGGCUUAUGUCCCAAAGACCAAAUCUGCUGAUGCUGCUGUCCUGGGAAGUGCCAGUGAGGUCCUGGAUGGGGCUGUUGGGACCCAAUGCUGCCAGUCCCUGUCACCCCAGUGUCAUGUGCACCUUCUCCCAUGUCCCACCAGCUCACCAUUAAAAAGCAGUGUGUGACACA